UAUACACUAACACACAUAUAUACAUAUACAUAACAAUCAAAGUCAAUGUUUGUCAAUGUUUAUGCUGCAUUUAUUACACCUGUUACACUUUUUUCAAUAAUAGUCUCAACCUGAUUUUAUUUUAUUUUAUUACAAAUCAGGUUGUGUUACCAACUUUUUUUUCUUUUCUUUUUUAACACAAGAACUUUGGUGAAAUGUUUUCCUCUUAGUUACGUUUUUAGUGUUCAAAUCACAAAAUAUGUUUCAUUAAUUGACAUUUAUCUGAUUUGAGAUGUGGACAAAAUCGAUCUAAUCUCCGCUGGUGUUUUAUUUUGAAAGUCCCAACAGGAAGUGCAUUGUUAGAUCGACUUCUUUACAAACUAAAAGCCUGUCAUCGAGUCGAGCUUUCGCACUUUGACGUCCAGCAGAAGAGAAAUCCCAAAAUCUUUAUUUCAUGGAUCCCAAGCUGACCAGAGCUCCUCCGCAGGAGUCGGGAGAAGCGCGUCUCCCGAUGGUUUACAACCCGCUCCCUCCACCUUACCAGGAGACCCCUCUCCAGGAACCUCCACCGCUACAGGCAUUUGGAAAUUUUGCAGGGGCAGGAUAUGAUCCGCCUGACUUUGUCACAGUCCAGCCCAUUCCUUACAUGGAUGAAGUUCAAAGGACACCAGUAAAAGAUUAUCUGGGCUACUCCAUCUUCACCACGCUCUGCUGCUGUCUGCCCAUUGGAAUGGCUGCACUCGUUCAGUCUGUCAUUACCCGUGAAGCAAACUUUUAUGGGAACUGGAUGAGAGCAAAGAAAAGAAGCAAAAAGGCCUUGAUACUGAACAACCUGGCUCUGGGUGCGGGGCUUUUCAUCAUCACUUCUGUUUUAGUAUUCUUUCUGUGGAUUGCCUGUCUUCGCUAUUAAGUGUUUCAAAUGACUGUCCACAACAUAGGGAUCAUAUCUACUUAUGACUGUUGAAUUUUUUUAUAAGUCCACUGAAACUGUUGUUUUUUGCUGAUGUUGAAAAAGCUUCUAAAGCUUGAAAACAAAGGAGCCAUUGUGGCAGAAAUAGUGCGUUGACUAAUGUAUGUAAUCUGUAAAAAUGUAAAUUAAAUCAGUUUUGUUUCUUUGAAUACCUUUCAUUAAAACUUCUUUAUAGGCA